GCACGAGCCCGCGCUGCGGGUAGUUGGAGCUGCCUCCUCUCCUCCUUCACGCACUCUACCUCAUCCACCAUCAUAUAAACCCCCCUUCAAACACCUCAACACAGCACUCAAACACGCACAGAAAGAAUCCACAGAGCUUCACAACACGAGUGUUGUUAAGGAGUGAGACCACGCUUGAUUCAGCCGAGGACCCGCUCCCGAGAUGGCGAAGACGCUCACGGCGCUGGCGGGGGAGAAGACCCUCCAGUCCAAGUUCGUCCGCGAUGAGGACGAGCGCCCCACGGUGGCCUACAACCAGUUCAGCGACGAGAUCCCCGUGAUAUCCCUGGCGGGGAUCGACGAGGUCGGCGGCCGGAGGGAGGAGAUUUGCAGGAAGAUCGUGGAGGCGUGCGAGGACUGGGGUGUCUUCCAGGUGGUUGACCAUGGGGUCAACGCGGGGCUCAUCGCCGACAUGACCCGGCUCGCGCGUGAGUUCUUCGCGCUGCCUCCGGAGGAGAAGCUCCGGUUCGACAUGUCCGGCGGGAAGAAAGGGGGGUUCAUCGUCUCGAGCCAUCUCCAAGGUGAAGCCGUCCAGGACUGGCGCGAGAUAGUGACGUACUUCUCAUACCCGGUCCGAAACCGAGACUACUCCCGAUGGCCCGACAAGCCGGAGGGAUGGAAGUCGGCGACGCAGCAGUACAGCGAGAAGCUCAUGGGCCUCGCUUGCAAGCUCCUGGAGGUCCUCUCGGAGGCAAUGGGAUUGGAGAAGGAGGCGCUGACCAAGGCGUGUGUGGACAUGGACCAGAAGGUGGUGGUCAACUACUACCCCAAAUGCCCGCAGCCCGACCUCACGCUCGGGCUCAAGCGCCACACCGACCCGGGAACCAUCACCCUCUUGCUCCAGGACCAGGUGGGUGGCCUCCAGGCCACCAGAGACGGUGGCAAGAACUGGAUCACCGUCCAGCCCGUGGAAGGGGCUUUCGUGGUCAACCUAGGCGAUCACGGUCAUUUCCUGAGCAACGGGAGGUUCAAGAACGCGGACCACCAGGCGGUGGUGAACUCCAACUACAGCCGCCUCUCCAUAGCGACGUUCCAGAACCCGGCGCCGGACGCCGUGGUGUACCCGCUGAAGGUGAGGGAGGGGGAGGAGUGCAUCAUGCCGGAGCCCAUCACCUUCGCGGAUAUGUACAGGAGGAAGAUGAGCAAGGACCUGGAGCUGGCCCGGCUGAAGAAGCUGGCCAGGGAGGAGCAGCAGCAGCAGGCCAAGGACGUGGAGAAGGCCAAGCUGGAGGCCAAGCCAUUGGAGCAGAUCCUCGCUUGAUGAAAGUUCCAAUCUCCAAUCUUUCCGUUUACGUUCUUUUUGCAUUAGCACCACACCCUCACCACUGUUGGUCCCAUUUACCAAAGAGUCUCGUGAAUCCAUGGUUUGUUCCAGUGGCGUCCUAUGUAUCCAUCGGCGAUGGGCGAGUACAAUAACAUCAUCGGUCCUUUGUUUCUUAGUGUAACGAAUGAUUUUCACAAUGAUACAUAGUCUUGUUUCGAUUCAGAUACAAA